AUGGACGAUCCGUUGCACCUUCUUGAGGAGAUGGUACUUGAUGUGCUCCGUGCGCUGCAGAGUGCUCCGUUUACACUCCCACGCAAGAUGGCAGCAGCGGCUUGCGCAUCACGCUGCCGGACGCACAUCGCGCCGACGGACGAUGGCUGGGCGAGGCAGACCGGGAGACGGCCAGGGGGGAUGCUGACGAGCUGGACAGGAGCAGCAGGAGCACGGACAGCGUUUGUGGCUGCGGCGUGUGCAGCCGUGCUGCGCGGGAGCGAGUCUGUGACGCUGCGCGAUGUGUACUACUCGGCGCCGGCAGGCCUGUUUGCAUCCGCCGGUGGGGUGGCGGCGGCGGCGGCGGUGCUGGAGACCGCCCUCGGGCUGCCUCGGUGGAAGCUGGGCAUGACUGAGAGCGUGUCGGCGCGGCGGGCUGCCGCGCUCGAGGCUGCGGGCGGGCUACGGCUGGUGCCUGAGACGCCUGGGAUCCGGGCAUGUCUUGUGGUUGUGGAGAAGCAUACUGUGCUGAGCGGGCUGGUGGCGGCGGCGAGCUCAGGCACGUUCCGCGGCGUGGCGCCGUUUCUCAUCCUGCUUACUGGCUCGGGCUACCCGUCGACAGGGGUGGCGCUGAUGGUGCGGCUGCUUGCGCGGGCGAUGGGCGCCGCCCCGCGGGUCUUUCUCGUCACUGACGCCGAUCCGCACGGCGCAGACAUUGCGCUGCGGUACCGGUUCGGGUCUGGCUCGGUGCCGGUCCGCAACCCGCAUUUGGUGGCGCCGGCGGCGACGGUGUGGCAUUGGCUUGGCCUCCAUGCCGACGACCCGGUGCUAGAUGAGCGCGGGUGCGGUGGCGAGCCGCUGACGCGGGCCGACACCGGCAAACUUGCCGGCCUGCUGCGGAGCCGGCUGCUUGCCAAGCUCAUGCCCGCGGCGUGGCGAGCGCGGAUAGAGAGCCAGCAAGCGCUGGGCCGCAAGUACGAGCUCGAGGCACUCUCAGCCGACCGCCUGGCGUCGUGGCUGGCAGCCAAGCUUGCCGAGGCAAGUUAG